AUGCAUGAAAUAAAGUGGCGGGAUUCUGGUUUCAAGCAAUUCAAGUUCAUGGACCCAACUGUGUCAAUUCCAAGUCACAACCGCUCUAACAGUGACCCAAUGAAAAGGAGAUUAUUCAUGGGAGAUGAAUUAGAGAGCAUCAGUGAAACUUCUUAUAGGCCUGAAGUGGAACUGGGGGAACUAAAGAAAAGCAUUGAAUCCAAGAAGAGGCAACACCAUAAUAUGGAUCUCCAAAGUUCCUUAACUCAAGAGAUUCUACAGCUUCAAAAACGAUUACAGCAACAAUUUGUGAUACGGCAUACAUUAGAGAAAGCAAGUUAUCUGCCUAUUUCACAGGAUGCUACAAUAGAAAGUUCAAUACCCAAGGCUGCAAAGGAACUGAUUAAGGAAAUUGGAAUAUUAGAAUUAGAAGUCGUGUAUUUGGAACAAUAUCUUCUGUCUUUGUAUCGGAAAAGGUUUGAUCAACAAAUUUCAUCUCUAUCAACCAAGGAAAGGAGAUUGGACUUAGCUUCAGACAUUAACCAAGGAACGUCUACAGCGCCUGGCAGUGGUGCUAUCUAUGACAAAGAAAUUUCAGUUGUGCACUCUAGUCAUCACAUUUCUCCCAGUAAUUCAGCUGACUUUCAGAUCAAGGAAUGCAAUAACCAGUUGGAACCAGAAACUGUUUUAGACUCUAGCAUUCAUCGAUGUCACUCAGCGCUAUCUCAACAAACAACAUGCUCAAUUGAAGCUUCUCCUGUGAACAUUGAGACCAAAGCUUUAGACUCUUACCAUUCUCUACCAUUAUCCAUGUUAGAGCAAGCUCAGUGCGCUAAAUCCAGUUCAACCAGCUUGGCAGAGCAUCUUGGGAAUUGCUGUGUGGAUAAUGUUCCAGAAACACCAAAUUGGCUUUCUGAGGAGAUGAUUAAGUGCAUAUCAGCUAUAUAUUGUGAACUUGCAGAGACACCUUCUCUUGGUCAUAAAAAUGCUUCAUCCCCUAUUUCAUUCUCAUCAUCUGGCUAUGAUUUAUCUUCACAGAGCCAGAGUAGUAAGUUGGGAUCACAAUGGAAGAAACAUUCAUCCAUCAAUUUAAACUCCAGUAACCCUCUCCACGUCAGAGGCUUCAAAGAAUUUAAUGGACCUUAUUGCUCAAUGAUAAGGAUACAUCAAUUGUGCACAGAUAACCAGAAAUUAAAAGAAAUUGAGUACAUGCUCCGUAGAUUUAGGUCACUUGUUUCUCGGCUAGAAGAAGUUAAUCCUAAAAAUAUGAAGCACGAAGAAAAGCUCGCCUUUUGGAUUAAUGUGCACAAUGCCUUAGCAAUGCAUGCCUUAUUAGUUUACGGAAUUGCAGCCAACAAUGAUAAAAGAAUGUCUUCAGUACUUAAGGCUGCAUAUAACAUUGGAGGACAUACUAUAAGCGUAGACCUGAUACAGAAUUUCAUUCUGGGAUGCAGAUUGCCUCGUCCAGGACAAUGGCUGCGGUCAUGGUUUCCUUCAAAGACAAAACCAAAAGUUAGAGAUGCAAGAAAAGGAUAUGCUAUACAUCAUCCAGAACCUUUAUUAUUAUUUGCUCUUUGCUCUGGAAGCCAUUCUGAUCCCGCGGUACGUUUGUACACAUCCAAGAGAGUCUUGGAGGAGCUAGUAUCUGCGAAAGAAGAAUACAUUCAGUCCACCAUCACCACAAGCAAGGAACAGAAAAUAGUUCUCCCAAAGAUAGUUGAUUCCUAUGCAAAGAAUUCAGGUCUAGGAGCAUCAAAUUUGAUGGAGAUGGUUAAGCCUUAUCUACCAGAUUCUCAAAAGAGAAUUCAAGAGCUUCAAUCAAAGACAAGCUGGAAAGGAAUUGAAUUAACCCCUCAUAACUUCACUUUCCAUUACUUGAUUUCAAAGGAAUUAGCUUGGUAACGGCAUGCUUGAUAGGAUUCAUGAAUUUGUCUGGGUAGAAUAGUUGUCUGUCUAUUCUCUAUCCACAUCCAUACAAGACUUACAUCUUAUGGUAAGCAGAAGAAAUGUGUCUACCUUGUAUCUAUGAAAAUAAUAAACUCAGAACAGAAACACUCGGAAGGUGAGGGUUGGAAGCAGAGAAAAAAGUAAGUCGGAUAGCAAGCAACAAUCUGAAAAUUUUGGUGGCUAGUACUACAGAUGUUUUGCUGCAU